GGAAGAGUAUCGACGCCACGACAGACAAACUAUGACGUUAAUAUUCAAUUUUCAUUUUCUGCAGAGAAAGAGAGAGAGAAGAGAAGGUUUUGCUGCAUUUACAUGGUGGUUUGUCUGACCGUACGCCAUGGCAUCCGCCUAUAAGCUCACCUCUGCAACAAUUUCUUCACCAUAGCUCGCCUUCUUUGAGAGUUGACCUUAAUCUCCCCUUAAAUGCCCCAAUUUCUACUCCUCCAUCAAUCCAUUUCACUUCAUUUUUCCAACUAAGCCAAAUCCACCUUCGCGCUCAGAUCCGACAUCGAAGCUAUGAGUACAAUGGGGUCGAACGGAUUCGAAUCAAAUGGCUGCGAAAAUUCCUUAACACCAGAACAACAGCAAGCUAAGAUUGACGAGGUAAGAAAAUCGAUCGGCCCCCAGUCCGGAAAACUGGCCCUUUAUUGUACGGACAGUUCCAUCUUGAGAUACUUAAGGGCACGAAAUUGGAACGUCAAGAAAGCCGUCAAAAUGCUCAAAGCAUCUCUAAAAUGGAGACUCGAGUACAAGCCGGACGAGAUUCGUUGGGAUGACGUCGCUGCGGAGGCAGAGACGGGGAAGAUUUACCGAUCGAGUUACAAAGACAAGCAUGGGAGGCCCGUUCUCGUCAUGCGGCCUCGAUGUCAGAACUCCAAGUCGAUAACGGGGCAGAUGAAGUAUCUCGUGUAUUGCAUGGAGAACGCGAUCGUAAAUCUCUCCGACGGAGAAGAACAAAUGGUGUGGCUGAUCGAUUUUCACGGUUUUAAUAUGUCGCACAUUUCGAUCAAAGUGACGCGCGAGACAGCGCACGUCCUGCAAGAUCGUUACCCCGAGAGGCUCGGCCUCGCGAUCCUAUACGAUCCGCCGAAGAUAUUCGAGCCGUUUUGGAUGAUUGCGAAGCCGUUUUUGGAGCCCAAAACGGCUAACAAAGUGAAGUUUGUUUACGCCGACGAUCCUAACUCGAGCAAGAUUAUGGAGAAAAUUUUCGAUAUGGAAUUAGUCGAAUCUGCGUUCGGCGGGAAAGACGCCGCGGAGUUCGAUAUCGUAAAGUAUGCGGAGAGGAUGCGGGAGGAGGAUAAGAAGGUCGAGUUGUUGUGGAAUGCUGGUGGUUCGAUGCCGCCGGUUUCUUCGAUCGGCUUAGAAUCUGCAAAAUCGGCUUCGUCGGAGUCGGACGAUGAACCGGGUGCGGUGACGACGGAAAAGCAGUUGUCUCACGGCGGCGAUGGCGGCGCCGGCGGCGGAGUAGCUGAGGAAGUUCAAUGUUGACGAAUGGGUGAUAACUUUGAUUGAAGAGUAUGCUGUUCGAAUUAAUGAUUGACUAAUGGUUUAUUUAUAUAUAUAUAUAUAUACUGUCUUCCCUAACUAUGAAAGACUUUCUCUCUCAUGAUUUUAAGACAGGACAGAAUCUAUGGGAACAGUUUCGGUUUCGGGGAAGUUAAGGUUGUGAAUUUUGUGACAAUAUGGGCAAUUGGGGUUGUGUUAUUUUCGAUUUUA